AUGUUGAAACAGGGUAAGCAAGAAGUCAUCGAGAGGGAGAUGUUAAGGUGCAAAAUCGACAUAUUGGAGCUAAGUGAAGUUCAUAGAAGAGGCAGCGGUCAUAUAAAAACUGCUAACGGGAACAUCUUGUACUUUUCGGGAUCUGAAAAUCAUAGUGGUAAUGGAGUUGCAAUACUUCUACCACAGAAACUUGAAAACAGCGUGUUAGGAUACAAAACACCAAGUGAUCGUAUUAUUGCUGUUAAACUUGAUGCGCGCCCCGUAUCUAUCAACAUUGUCCAGGUGUAUGCAUCAACCUCCCAAUCUGAAGAAAUUAUAUCUGACCAAUUCUAUUUUGAAUUGGACGACUUGUUGCGUACUAUUCCAUCUAAGGAGGUAACUGUUGUGUACGGCGAUUGGAACGCUAAGGUUGGUACCACUAGAGGUGAUGUAUUACUCGGAGCAACAGUCGGAAACUUUGGACUUGGUGUGAGGAAUGACAGAGGUGAAAAAUUUCUUCAAUUCUGCGUAGAAAAUCAACUGGUCAUCAUGAACACCUGGGUUGAACACCACCCGAGAAGGUUAUAUACUUGGAUAUCGCCAUGUGGACAUCGGAACCAGAUUGAUUAUAUUACCAUCAAGUCUAGGUGGCGAUCUUCCGUGUUGAAUACUAAAACACUUCUUGGUGCCGACUGCGGAAGUGACCACCAAUAG